AUGCCCCAGGAACCUGAACCAAAUGCUCCUGCUGCUGCUCGAAAUGCUUACAAGAAGCAUAAGGAUGACAAUAGGGAAGUUUCAUGUAUCAUGGUAGCCUCCAUGAUUCCUCAGCUUCAGCAGCAGCACAUGAAAUGGGGGCAUAUGAUAUUGUGCAAGAUGGCAGAGGGAGCACCUGUUGCUCCACACGUCUUAAAAAUAAUUGGGCUAAUUGAAAAAUUGGCCGAAUUAGGCUUUAAGAUGGACCAGGAGCUGAAUGUUGAUUUAGUGCUCCAAUCUCUGCCAGAUUCUUUCUCACAGUUUGUUAUGAACUUCAGAUGA